AUGCAGAAAAGUAUAAACAGAAACAAUUUAAUAAACUUUGAUAUAUUUUUCGAUAUAUUUAACGAUACAACAACGAGUAACAAGUACAAUAUUUUGGCUUCUACAUCAUUUACCAGGAACUGUUUACAAACAAUGUCAGGAUUUGAUUUUAGUUGUUCAUCUGCUAGCUGUACGCAAGAUAAUGAAGAACAUUGGGAGGUGAAAUCAGAAUGCUCCAAUCUUGUAGAAAGCUUUAAUGAGAUUGAACGCACGGUAACAGAGCGACAAAACAAGAACUGUGUAUCAAAUUUUGAUGACACUUUAUUGACAACAACUACCACUGAACAGGAUGAAACCUUGUUGACAACUGUUUUCACUGAACAGAAAAAAACAGACAAAAAUGAAAAACCACCUUACAGUUACGUAGCUCUAAUUGUCAUGGCCUUAAAGCACUCUAUUAACCAAAAGUUGACUUUGAAGGAGAUCUACGAAUUCAUUGUGGAUAAAUUCCCUUUCUAUGAGAGUAAUAAAAAGGGCUGGCAAAAUUCUAUUCGGCAUAAUUUAAGUUUAAAUGAAUGUUUUGUUAAGAUUCCACAAGAAAGUUGUGAUAAACGAAAAGGGAAUUAUUGGACGCUUGAUCCCGCUUAUGAUUGUAUGUUUGACGAGGGAAAUUACCGACGUCGACGACGAAUGAGAAGUCCACAUCGGUCCAAUCACUACUCACAUAUAUUUUAUCAGAAUCCAUUGCAAGGAGACGUCUGUAGCAACAACUGGAAAGAUUAUUUUCGUCCCCAAAGCACUCACUUAAAUUGGAGUAAUUCGUCAUAUCCAGACUGCUCAAACAACUUUUCUUUUAAGCAGUUGCCAUGUAGUUUGCCAGCUGUAGAAGAUAAAGAAGCGUACUUACAUUAUAGUUGUAGUGCCCCAUCACCGGUUACACCAUUCGUUCGACAUCCAAAUGUUCAACGUCAUUUAGAAAUGCCUUGCAACAACAGUAUAUAUCAUGAGCAGUGUUGGGACACAACAUCCGAUGUAGGCAUGUGACAUUUGUAAGAUAUAACCAACUGUUGUGAAGUAGAUAGAAAUUGCACAGUGUAUUUAUAUAUUGACGAUAAUUGAACAAUUUCUGAAUUCU